UGUCGCAAUCCACCCAAAUUCACACAUUCUGCGUGUUGUGUCAUCAGCGCGAAGAUCGCUGCAACAACAACACCCAACAGCAGCAGCCACAGCACUUACGACACGAGCCAACGUUCACGCCCUCACGCAUUACCACCACCGCGCAGCAGCCACCGCGCAACCCCUUGCCAGCGAAGCAUCCAUUCUUCAAGCAUUACCUGCUUUGCCACCUUCACCUUCUCUUCUGAACAACAGCACUACAUACAAGCAGCAACAGCAUGUCAACGGCUGUCACCGUCACAACAACGACAGCGGCACCGUCUGCGUGUGAUUACGACACUGCGGGUGCCCUGCUUGAGAUGGCCAAGGUAGCACACCAGGCCCGUGUGGCACCUCAGGUUGGAACUGCGUCGACACCCCAACCACCCAAACACCACCACCACGCACCCGCGCCAGCCCAGGCGGUUCCUGUUGGCCUCGGACCAACCUCAACGAAGAUGAUGUCUUCCCUGCCGCCCCACCAGAACUUGGUGUCACAGCCUGGCUUCAUGGGCCAGGCCUAUCCCCCGCAUAUGGCCGCAGCUGGGCUUCAACUUGAUGCGCAGGCAGCGUCGUACCUUCACCAUCUCCAGUACCUGCACCACUGGCAAUCCAUGCAACAGCAGCAGCCACAGCCACAGCAGCAGCAGCAGCCACAGCCACAGCAGCAGCAGCCGUCGACCACCCCUGCUGAGACAAUGGCGUCCAAGUCGAGCAAACCGCACAAGCGCGAUGGCCGCCGUGCAAAGCGGGCGCCGCGGGCAGCGCGCGGUGCUUCAAAGCGUUCAAAUCGGAUGGCGACGACGGCAACAACAACAGCAACAACAACAACAGCCACCGUUGACGCCGGUACCGCCACUGCAUCCACUGCAGCAACGGCACCAAUGCCGGACCCUUGCGUUGAGGGCGUCAAGCCCAUCUCGAAUCCAUCAAACUCGCCCGGACCGUCCGUCUCCCCUGCAGAGCCCGCCACGCCAACCCAAGACGUGGCCACCUCUUCUGCCACCACCUCUGCAACACCACCCACGGGCAGCUCGUCCAAGGCGAAUCGAAGGCGUAAAACACAGGUGCCGUCACAUACGGCUGCAGAGGAGGCCUACCGCCUCAAGCGCGCGCGGAACAACGAGGCAGUGCGUAAAUGCCGGAUUAAGAAGAAGCAGGAGAUGGAAGAGCGAGAGCGUCUGCUCAAGCAGUACGAACAGAAGGUUGAGCUGUUGACGGCGCGGGUACGUCAGCUGGAACAGCAGCUGGACCAGCCUCGCGUGUGCCCCCAUUGUGGCACAUCGUCCAUAUGCGACGCAGCACAGCACUCAUCGCCCUCGUCUCCCGCCAGUUCAGGCGAUGGUCAAAGCGAGCAGCAGGCCUAACUGAUCCUCUUUUGUCUCCACACGAACUGCCGAUGAAGCCCAACAAAGGGAGAGACGCACGUGGGGAAGGGAUAUGCGUGAACGCGUCUCGCCCCAUCCCCGCCUCUUUCAUCUUUUCUCUCCUUCUGCUUCCUGCUUUGCUCCACCGCUUUCUCAACCGCUCUGCGUGCGUGAUUUGAUGUGUUGUGGCUUUAGUUGGCUGGUUGGUUGGUUGUUUGGUCCAUCACCAGCGCUGAUUUGAAAUGGGGUUCUCCAUUUUCAGCCAGUUUCUUCAGGCUUGCUCGUAUCAGCCCUGGCCGCCUCGGCUUCCUUCUCGCCUCUCGCCAUCUUGAGUUCUUCCUUGCACUUGUGCUGUUGCUGCUGCUUCUUGUUGUCCUUGCAUAUCCUGACCGCACUUUCGUGCGUGUGCGUAUUUGCCCUCUCCCAGCGCCCCUUUCUGCUUUCAUGCUAGCAACACCCUCUGUCUAAACAAUCCAGAUGAGCGGAACACGUGAUGGUGAACGAUUUGACACAGAAAACGGUUAACGUCGAGCAGACACCCCCACGAGAUGACAAAGGAAUACAAGUCACC